UUUCUCCCCUCUCUCUCUUCCGUGCACACCUACUUCUUCAUGGUCCCUUAAACUUAACCAGUGAUGUCCACUCAGCCUCAAGGAGAAAGAAGGAGAGAGGUGUUUUCAAAGGAUCCAAAGAACAAGAACAUCCUCAAAGGCUGAUGGGACACCGCAGAAGAAGAGUCCUUUACUCUGGGAUACAAGUUCCUUAAAUGCACCAUGAGGACCAUCAUAAUAAUGAAAUGUCCUGCUUAAGUCAACCGUAAAAAAAGAGACAUCAUGUUGUCUGCACAGGGAACGGCUGCUCUGGCUCUUUUUCACAGUGUAAUGAUCGUAACUGCGCUGAUAGACUCAGAUGAUGUCAUCACGCGAGACGAGCAGAUCUACGUUUUGAUUGGCGCUCACGCCAAGUGUGAAAGAAGCAUCAAGGCUCAAAUGGCCCUGGUUAAAGAAGGUGAAUGUAACCCAGAGUGGGACGGGAUCAUCUGCUGGCCUCGGAGCAGAGCUGGUCAGCUGAUAUCAGUGCUGUGUCCAGAGUACAUCUACGACUUUAACCACAGAGGCCGUGCCUACCGCCAGUGUGACACUGCAGGGAACUGGGAGCAGGUGCCCAUUAUCAACCGCACAUGGGCCAACUACACCGAGUGCACCACAUACUUGACCUCCAACCACAGGAGACAAGAAGAGAAGGUGUUUGAGAGGUUACAUCUCAUGUACACGGUUGGCUACUCCAUUUCCCUAGCAUCACUGUUGGUGGCGGUCUCCAUCCUCUGCUAUUUCAAGCGUCUCCAUUGCACUCGCAAUUACAUCCACAUUCACCUCUUCACCUCCUUCAUCUGUCGAGCUGUCAGCAUAUUCGUGAAGGACGCUGUGCUCUACAACAUAUCUGAUGACAGUAACGCUGACCAUGACUACACUCCACAAAAGCCCCAGAUGGCUGGCUGUAAAGUUGCUGUCACUUUCUUCUUUUAUUUCCUGGCAACUAAUCAUUACUGGAUCCUGGUGGAGGGGCUGUACCUGCACAGUCUCAUCUUCAUGGCCUUUCUCUCUGACAAAAACUACCUGUGGGCCCUCACAAUCAUAGGCUGGGGUGUUCCAGCUGUGUUUGUGUCCAUUUGGGUCAGUGCACGAGCAUCGCUAGCUGAUACACAAUGUUGGGACAUCAGUGCAGGAAACCUGAAGUGGAUCUAUCAAGUUCCAAUUUUGGCAGCCAUUGUUGUGAAUUUCCUCCUAUUUGUCAACAUAAUACGUGUCCUGGCCUCUAAACUGUGGGAGACAAACACUGGUAAAUUGGACCCUCGGCAGCAAUAUGGCAAGCUGCUCAAAUCUACGUUAGUCCUCAUGCCAUUGUUUGGGGUUCACUACAUGGUGUUCAUGGCUUUGCCUUACACUGAGGUGACUGGGCUGCUGUGGCAGGUGCAGAUGCAUUAUGAGAUGUUCUUCAACUCAUCACAGGGCUUUUUUGUGGCAUUUAUCUAUUGUUUCUGCAAUGGGGAGGUGCAGGCAGAGGUGAAGAAGGCGUGGUUACGACGCAGCCUCACCCUGGACCUAAAACAGAAAGCGAGGAUGACCAGCAGUGGCGGUGGAGGCAGCUGUUACUACGGUGGCAUGAUGUCUCACACCACCAACUAUAGCGUCAGCCUGUCUGCUGCCAAUCCCAGAAAUCUAUCGUUUACCUCAGCUGCAGGUGUGGGGCCAGGCAUCAAAAUGCAACGCCAUGGCUCUCUGCAACCACCAAACAGCCUGCCCGGGUACUUGCCUGGUGAUACUGAGACACAUGGCCCCAAACAAGAGAUGGUUGUAAGGAAGCCAGGGGGGACGGAGUCUGGCGUUAUCGCCCGGCACACCAAAGCUAGCAAGGGGAAUGAUGAGUCCAAAAGUCAUGGAGCAUCUUCAGCACACACUCCUGGAGCAGAAAAUCCAGAGAGCUGCUCAUCUCUAAAAGAACUGGAGACCAUCUUGUAAUUUUUGUUUAAAUGUUGAGACGCGAAAACCUGAUAGGGAACUCAUGCAGACGACAGAAGAGCUCUGUAGAUGAGAUCUACAGAUGAGAUCUUCUGUAGAUGACAGAAAUACAUUUUUCUGGCUUCACGCAGGGUUAUCUGUAUAACCUCUUUGUUGAUUUGAAUCUGCAAAUACAAGAGUGCUGACCUGCUGAGCAAGCAAUUGGUGGUUGACUGUGUUCUGUGAAUUUCGGAGGUAUUCUGAAAAAACUUUCAGUCUCCACUUUUGAAACAACAUGUUUGAGGAGUCAAAUAACCUGACAUCUGUAAUUCCUUGCCAAUUGGAUCUACUUUGUCUGACCUCUAUAAAAAAUCCAGAGAUAACAACACAAUGCCGUCUUGCAACAUCUCAGCUAUAAGGGUUUGGGUUAUGCUUCAUUCCAACAUGAAGUAAUUGGGACAAUUUUCUGGUGGAUUUAGUUUACCAGAAAUUUUUAAAAAAUUCCGGUAUUCAUGAAUUGUACUUGUGUUUAUAUUAAUUUAACAUGGAAGAACAAUUAAGCAAAACAAUCUGCGAAGAAGCUGCAGAUGGACAGUCUUAGGACAGACCUCAAAGUGCAGUUGCUGUAUGUGAAUCUGUUGCUUUGCUUCUCAGUUUUUUAACUUUAGACAACUUUCAUACUCUUAUGAAGAGGUACUCUUCACCUAUUGGUUAUUCUACCAAGCUAAAUAUGCUUUUUAAAAUAUGUUUUAAGAGUGAGAUGUGUCCAGAAGACAUUUUCUAGACAGGUUGGACUUUUCUCUGUACCUUAGUCUUUUUCCAUCUUGACUACUCAGCCCCAUUUCUCAGCCUGGUAGUCCCUGAGGGCUGACAGAAAAACCUUUUGCUUUUCACAAGACAAACCCCAGCUCCUUGCUCUGUGUGACCUCUGCCCCUGAAAACCCUCACAACAAUGUCCAGAAUUUCACAUGCUUCACUCAGACCUCGGCUCGCAGCCACAGACUCCUGAGCUGCUGUGUACUAUGAGGGACAAACCUGCAGCACAGGUCACCAGUAUUCACAAGACAAACAGACAGGAAACUGUGUCUGUAAAUGUUUUAGGAGUGUUUGGGUGUCCAGUAAAGACAAAACUAAUCUGUGUUAGGGACGAACCAUGUUAGAUAAGUCUGGUAAUUUAAUAAAUAUUUUUGAAUAUGCCUUGACGUUUUGGAGAAGAUUAAUUGAAUAAAAUGUAACUAAACUUUGA